AUGUCAGAGCCAAACAGCAACUCACCACAGCCGACGCUGGACCACAUCGUGAUCCUCGUCUCGGCCAGCGACCUGCUCCAGCUGCCCGACCGCCUCAAGGACUUCUUCGUCGUCAGCCCUGGCGGGACUCAUGCUGGAGGCGAGACGUUCAAUAAGCUGAUUCUCUUCGAAGACGGCGUCUACAUCGAACUCAUCGCCUUCACCGAGGGCAUCAGCCCUGAGCAGCGAGCAAAGCACAGAUGGGGACGCCAGCGGGAGAAUACGAUUGUCGACUGGGCUUACACUCUGCCUCACGAGAGCGACUUUCCCGCCGUGCAGCAACGAGUCAAGGAUGCAGACGCGGGAUUCAUCUACAGGGACCCUGUGGCGGGUGGUCGUACGAGGCCGGAUGGAGUCGUCUUGAAGUGGGCGAUUGGUGCCCCCGAGGAUGCGGAUGGACAUGCGCCGGAGCCUGGUUUCUUGCCCUUCUGGUGCCUGGACAGAACUCCACGAAGCAACAGAGUGCCGUACGAGGAGGACAAGGCACGGACCCAGCAUCCGAGUGGCGCCCGCGGGGUGUCUCGACUGCGGCUCAACGUGCCUGAGGAGCAGCUGUCUGCCCUAAAGAAAGUGCACGAUGCUAUUCACAACGUGGGCAGCGCCGUGAGGGGAGAGGAUGAGUGGCGGUUCAGCGUCCCGAGCUCUUCGGCAAAGGCACGACAUACGCUCGCACUGGCUUCGGAGAUUGGACCAAAGAUUAAGCUGGCCUUUCAGGGGAGCGUUGGGAGCCCUUCGUUUUUGGAGUUGCUGCCGGGUAUCGUGGUUAAGUUUGAAGCUUGA